GCUGCCACAUAUUUAUUUAAGGGCUGAGUAAUGCAAGUUGUCUAGAGUGCACCUCAUGUUGCCCAGGACUACACAAAAGCUGCUCGCCUGAGUGUUGAGGCCGUGGGCCCUGCAUGUGGAAGUGGACUGCUAAGGCACGGUGUGAUCAUCCAGGUGGAGGUGGUGUGAUUGCUCCUGCCUUAGCGCUAGUCAGUGGCCAUGGCGGACACGAUCUUCGGCAGCGGGGUGGAUCAGUGGGUGUGUCCCAAUGACCGGCAGCUGGCACUGAGAGCCAAGCUCCAGACAGGCUGGUCGGUGCACACGUUCCAGACGGACAAGCAGAGGAAAAUGCAGGUGCUGAACCCAAAGGAGCUGGAUGUCAUCCUGGAGGUCAUUCACCGGGCAGAGAAGCUGGACCUCGUUGAGCAGCAGCGCAUUGGGCGCCUGGUGGAGCGGCUGGAGAACAUGAGGAAGAACGUGAUGGGGAACGGGCUGUCUCAGUGCCUGCUGUGUGGCGAGCUGCUUGGGCUGCUGGGCUCCACGGCCGUCUUUUGCCAGGACUGCAAAAAGAAAGUCUGCACCAAGUGCGGGAUCGAGACCUUGGGGACCCAGAAGCGCCCUCUGUGGCUCUGCAAAAUCUGCAGCGAGCAGAGAGAGGUCUGGAAGCGGUCCGGCGCGUGGUUCUACAAGGGGCUGCCCAAGUACAUCCUGCCCUCAAAAAGUUCCAGCAAAGCCAACGACCUGUUUGUGCGGCCACAGCAACCAGAGUCUGCUGUGCAAGCAGUGAAGGGCAUCGAGACCAACCGGUUCUACACCUGGGCCAGAGGGAGAGUGGUUUCUAGCGACAGCGAGAGCGACUCAGAAUUCAGCUCUUCCAGCCUGGAAGACAAGUCCCCGGCUGCGAGGUUACCGGGGUGCAAGUCCAGCAAGCACCAAGCAGAGUCAGUGUCUAGCAGCGAGCCUCUUUGGACCCCUGGCAUGGUCCUAGGGAGCACCCACUCUGCUGCCCUCUUGGAGAGCCGCAGCAGCCUGGGCAGCGAGCGUGGUGGAGGCCUCGGCACUGUGGAGAGCUGCCAGAGUGACCUGCCAGCGGAGUCAUCGGACAGCGACGUGAGCAGAGCCAUCCCUGGCAAACGGCGCCUCCACACAAGCCCCCGCCGCUGAUGGGAGUCAGCAGCUUGCAGCUGGACCUGGAUCUUGUCUCGCCUGUCCAGUCCCGUGUUGUCAUCAUGGAUUAUGUGGCCCUGGCCCUCUGUGGCCCCUGGGAUGCCAGGAUUCCCAUAGGCCUUAGUUACACCAUGCUGCCUGGCACCAGGUGUUGCUGUCCUCUUGCCAUAGUCAUUUGCUUUUGCCUCCUGCCAGCUGACGAAGAAUGGGAGAAGUUUGGCUCGGAGGGGACUGGAGCAGGUGACACCAUAGUACCCAGGCAGCUGAGUGCGAAGAUGUCUGCUGAGACUUCCUCCCCUCUGCUCUCCAAAAUGAAGAGCCGCACACUUAGCCUGCCUCUCUACAGGCUAUCUCAGCACAUCGUGGCAGGGAGGCAUCAGGAGCACUGGACUGGGAGUCAGCAUACCUGCGUGGUACUCUUGCCUCAUAAAGCAACCUUGAGCCAGCCCCCUCACGUCCUGGCUGGGGAUUCCCUGUUUGCAAACUGGAGGGGGCAAGAGGAUUGUCCACUGUAGGAAGUGCUUUGGGAGCCU